CCCUCUCCAUUGGAACGCGGCCCGUCUUGUUUUCUUUCAGUCUGUAUCCGUCCGCAGCUUUAUUCCGCAAGUCCUUGAUUGCGUGUGCGAAGGUUCGGGGGGACUACUGCGAUUCGACCGGAGUAAGCAUGGGUGUGCAAGUCAGAGUUGAAUACUGUGGCGGAUGAGGGUACGAGCCCCGUUAUCGGGAGCUGGCGCGGGUUGUGACUGCCGAGUUCCCCGAUGCGGAGGUAUCAGGCUUUGUAGGAAGAUCAAGCAGUUUUGAGAUUGAAAUCAACGGGACGCUGGUCUUCUCCAAGCUGGAGACAAGUGGCUUUCCCUAUGAGGAUGAUAUCCUGGAUGCAAUCCAGAAAGCUUACGAUGGGAAAACUGUGUUGAAGAUCACUAAAAGUCGCCCACCAUGUGUCAUCAUGUAAUUUGCCCUCCCUCCUCUUAAAAGAACCUAAUUUUCAAGGAGUGUCAACAAAAGCCAGUGCAGUCACAUGUGACCCAAGAAAAGAUCUUGUUCUGUUCUACACACCUGCAGAGAUGAGCUGAGAUGUCUAUCCGUUGACAUCUCUCACUAAGCUUUGUUGUGCCUUCUGUCUCCCCUCUCUGUUCCCAUACUGGUGCCCCUGGACGUUGAUGAUUACUUUAGCCUAAAAUAGUUUAUGGCUAAUGUAUGAUGAGCCUAGUCCAAGGUGCCCCCUUUUUAUUGGAACAUAGACAGGUAAAAGUCCUUACAGAAGUGAUUGGAGGGAGCCCACUCUCAUCUCAUAAGCCUCAUUGCCUGUUAUACGGUCACUUCCUGAUUUUGAUUCUUUUUCAUUGGUAUGUCAUGAAAACAUCAAUGUCUGCUUAAAUGCAAUGGAGUGUAAGAUAUUUACACAAUUUGAUAGUAUAAUUUGAACUUUCUGGUAUAUACCAUUCCACAUUGAAUGAGUCAGUAAAGCAUAAUGUUGAGCGAUAAUAUUUUCAAAUACUGUUAACUAUGAGUUUUGACCAUUCUUCUUAGGAAAAUGUGAUAUGCAAUACAAACAUGCAUAACCAAGAUUUUUUUUUGAGCACCAGUAUAGCCUGUUAUCUCUAAUUACAAAUUUGCCUCAGUGGACAAACUUGCCAGUCAACUUGCAAUAGCCUUUCUGCGUUUUCAUGACACUGUAAAGUAGAUGGAUCAGUAGUAGUGUUUAUAAGGCCACCAUUCACUGAUCUGUCAUCUGCACUAAUUUCAUUUCUACUCAGUUAAUAUGUUCUCAUCCAAAUGUUUAUUUGGAGAACUCAAACCGCUGACUUUAAAUAAAGGUAAUUAUUUAGACAUUA